AUGGAUGCGCUGCUCGGUGGCCUGGGUCUGAGCCUGGGCGGCGCACAACAACCGAAACCUACGUGUGGUUCCAUCUUUGAGCUCCAGGACAAGCUGCGAACUGCUCUUCAAGGGCAUGUAACCGAAACCCGCGCCGACUUCAUCGCAGAGACAUUCCAGAUCCGGUCGAAUGCCGUCUUCGAGAUCCCCGUCAAUGAAAACGAGAACGAAGCUUCGGAGAACGCGUCAAGCAUCGAUCCAUCGCUUGGAGAAGGGGUGCGCGCCAGUGGUGGGCCUACAGUUAUUGGCAGUGAUGGACAACCCGCGCGUCGAGUCAAUGCUAAUGACGCUGUCAUCCAUCAACCGGCAGACGACAAUGCGGUUCAGAAGCUUGUGGCUAGCCAUCUCACCACAUCGCUAGGUCAGAUUGAUGGGAGUCAGUGGGUAGUACGGGCUGUUGCACGGACCGAUCAGGGCUGGACUUUCAGCUUCAUUUGCAAGGACUCAUGGCAGUCAUGGAGUCGGCAAGCUACGAAGACCCCCGCCAAGACCGUUAUCAGUGAAUGGAGCGAGAAGGGUGGACAGGAUCCUAUCCAUCUUUCUCGACCAGCUUUCGAUUGCAGAGGGUGCUUGAAGAUAUCCUUUCUCAAGUCAUCGCGGACCAUCGAGGUUAAGUACGAACACUCACCGCUUCACAAGACUGUUGGACAACUGAUUGAGCUUCUUGCUCCUCCGCCAGUUGCUCCUGUCGUAAAGACACCAGAAAAUAAACCGAAAGAACCCAGAGCCCCAAGGCUAUGCAAAGGGCCAAGAGCGCCAAAGGAAACCAAGGCAAAAACACCACGAUCGAGGAAGAGAGCUGUAGGAGAGGAUGGUCUUCCAGUGGAGGAUUCAUCACAGCCAAAGAAGCGGCGAAAGAAGAAGGACUCUACGGCCCCAGCUGGUCCGGUUGGCGACCCUUCUGAGCGACAGCUCUACAACAAUGAAGUCUACGGUGCUAACAAUGCUCAGCCGAACGGAGACUACGCCGAUCCGGCGCCCCCGGUCUUCAACCUCCCACCAGGCGAGCUGGAGAGAAGGCGGGAUGUUGCUAACAAAUUACUUACUGAUGCUGGAAUUGACCCACAGACCUUGUCGACUGAGCAGUUUAACAUCUUUGCAAAUCAGUCGCCAGAUUUGCAGAAGGAUUCACUGGCUAUGCUUGUGCAGUAUGGUGCGGAGAGACUGCGAAUUGUACAUCCUACCAAGGACGGGGCAAAUUCAGAGCAAAGCACACCAUCCCAGAGCCCUCCAGUGCAGGUGCCAGCUUUAAGGACGCCCAAAAAGAUGUCGCGGAAAAAGAAGUCGGAGGCAGAGCUCCAGCCAGAGAAGCCUGUUGCACCCGUUACCCCUAUUGCACAUGUCUAUUCCGGUGCGGUGGAAGGCAAGAAACCCCCACGUGGUGUGUGUGACAACUGCCGGACUCACAAGCCACCCAAAGACUCCAAGCGCGACCUGUGUGUCAAAAUUGUCGCGCCAAAGGUUGGUUGUGCCACUAUUCCCACAGAAUACGGGGCAAGGAGUCGAAUGUCGGUCCAGAGGCAUUGGCUGUACCAAGUGUACCAGAGCCAGCCCCCGUUGCUAUCUCAGACGAUGAACCUGAAGAUUUAG